GCAGAGUUUGAUAUGUAAUGGUUUGACACCACAUCACAAGUCUUUGUAUGAGCCAGAAGCAGCUACCCUACGAGCACACAAUGAUGUAGAUCACUGCGAUCAUUCAUCAUGCAAAAGAACACAUCUUCGGACACCAUCUCGGAUGGUCAUCUCCCUCCAGUAUUCAAAAUAGUCAGCCUGGUGUUCUACAGCAUCAUAUUCACUGUCGGCUUGGUGGUCAAUCUCACAGCCCUCUGGGUCUUUGCUCUAACUACAAAAAGAAGGAGUUCCGUCACUGUUUACAUGAUCAAUGUGGCUGUGGUGGACCUCAUCUUCAUUGUCCUGCUUCCCUUCAGAAUGGUCUAUUACAGUGAGGACUACUGGCCAUUUGGUGAUAUGUUCUGCAGAAUCAAUGCAGCACUAACCAUACUCUAUCCAUGCCUGGCUCUCUGGCUGUUUGCCCUCAUUAGUGCUGACCGUUAUGUAGCCAUAGUUCAGCCGCGGCAUAGCAAAGAGCUAAAGAAUGUACACAAGGCCUUGCUGUCAUGUGUGGGUAUCUGGAUCAUGACCCUCGGUGGUGCAGCAUCACUUCUUUUCCUUGAGGAAGAUCCGGAUCAGUUCUCCAACCACACCACCUGCCUGAAGAUGCAUGACAUUGUCUACCUGCGCCGUGACAACCCUGUCCACUUUGCUCGUCUGGCUUUCUUUUUCUUAGUGCCCAUGCUUAUUAUGGUGGGCUGUUAUAUCAUCAUUGUGGACAACCUGAUCCACGGGCGCACAUCCAAACUCAAGCCCAAUGUGAAGCAGAAAUCCAUCCGUAUCAUCAUCACAUUGAUCAUGCAGGUGCUGGUGUGUUUCGUACCCUUCCAUGUCUGCUUUGUACUCCUGCUCUUUGAGAACAGUGACCAGGACUACAGCACCUGGGGUGCAUUCACAACCUUCCUGAUGAAUAUGAGUACAGUGUUGGACAUUAUACUGUACUACAUAGUUUCGAAGCAGUUUCAGGACCGAGUGAUCAGUGUGAUCCUCUAUAGGAACUAUCUGAGAAGCGUGCGAAGGAAGAGUCGACACACAGGAAGUGUACGCUCUCUCAGUAACCUUACUAGUGCCAUGAUAUGAUGAACCUGACAUGGUUUGAACAGGUGAAAAGCUAAAGUAUUUUUAAAUAGAAGAUGAUUGCAAACUCAUCUCAAAAAAGAGGAACAUACUGAAGCUUGGACACUUUCACUUUCAUAUUAGUUUAAUACUUUUCUAACCGAGAACUCUUUCUUUGGUGUGCAUGUUGGGUUCUGCAAAUGUUGCUUUCAGUUGACUCAUGAAAGUAAAGCAGUAGUGAACCACAACAAAUAUGAUUUAUCCAUCCAAGACCAUUGCUUGAAACAACAAGGAAAUCGUUAUGCUUGAAAAAUGCAUAAAGUAUAAAAUACACAAUUUAUGCAAUGCAGAAUGUUUGUGCAAAUUUUCUUUCUGGAUUGUAUGCUGUCUUCAGUGUUAAAUGGGAAUUCCACUUAUUUUUUGGAAAAAAAGAACACAGUAUUGGGAUCUCUUGUUGAAAAGUGGACAGAGGGAUUCAGACUGUUUUGCAUUAAAAAUGGCACCAUUCUACAGGGGUGGACAAAUUGCUUGUCCCAGGUACCUGGGCUAGCAGAUUAUAUACCUGGGCUAUUGGUUUUUCAUUCACAGUUGCCCAGUGGACUGGCAAGUUCUGUUAGGACUGGGGACUGUCUUGGCCUCUAGAGGCCGCUGUUACGUUUUUCUUGUCAUGUUCGUUUUGGCCUCUAGAGGCCGCCUCUGCUCCUGUGUUCUGUGUUUGUUUUGACUACCAUGUGCCUUUUGUUUUCAUGUGCCUUGUGCCCCGCCUAGUCCUCAUUAUCGUCACCUGUGUUCAAUUUAUUUUGUGUAUAUAUACUCCCUCAGUUCAGUCCCUAGUCACAGAGUCUUUAUGCUAUGCUGUCUAGUGCUAGUUCCUCUGUCCCAUGUACCUUGCCUGUGCCCUUGUGUGGUUUUUUUUUGAGAGAUAUUUUUUGCUUUCUUUGGACUUUGUACUUUUGGAUCUUCUGAGCGUUUUGCAUUUUUGCCUUUUCUUUUUUUUUGACUUUGUAUUGUUGGAUUUUUUAUUUUUUCCCUUUGUCUUCUCAGCGUUGGAUUAUACUUUUUGGUUUUUUUUUUUGCCCUGGAUUGUAUAUAGUGUAUAUCACGGGCGAUUGCUCUAAGACAACGAGGGAGGCUCAGCCUCCUCUAAAAAUGACGAACAUCAUGUAGGAUGAAUUGCACUAGGCUUAUGUUAUAGCCGACCUUAUAGCAUUGCUAUUUCAGAUCCAGAAUCAUAGAAAUAUAUGUGCUCAACCCAACCACAGUGCGAAAUCAUUCCCUUAUAACUUUAAUGUGUGCGUGAGUUUUUCCCCCUCGUGACAGUGCGAUGCAGCCCAGCCUCAGUGGACUUCAAUGGCAUUUGGGAGCUCUGCGCUUUCAAUAUCAAAAUUCAAGACGAUUAUUGGACAAAUACUGCGAAAACGCCCGCCCACGGAGUCUCACGGACUCCCAGCCUCAGUGGACUUCAAUGGCAUUUGGGAGCUCUGCGCUUUUCAAAUGCAAGACGGUUAUUGGACAAAUACUGCGAAAACGCCUGCCUACGGACUCCCAGCCUCACAUGGGAGGGCAUGGCAGUUUCUGCGAGGAGACUGGUGAUUGGUGAAAGCGGCCGGAUAUUUUCUUUGACAGCUCGUUUCAAAUAUAGACAGGCAGCGGUGAAUUUCAGUUCAGUCCCAUGCGGAUUCGCAAGUGCUGUGGUGUAUUGUAAGAGAUCAGCUUACAUUUCGAUUUCAUUCAUUACAUACGGUUUCU